AUGUCAGUGAUUCGUAUAUACACGAGUGCUGGCUUAGAUGAUCCUAAUCCAAAGUACAGCACAUAUAGUGCUCAGUACACGGGGGAUCAAUUUUUGCAAUUAGCAUGUUUCAACCAUGGUAUUCAAUAUAACAACACAUAUGUCGUUAGGUACAUGUCACGCUACGGUUAUGAAGCCAUUUUGAAUCCUCAAGAUACAUUGGAGCAACAGGGGCUCGUUGACGAUAUGCAUCUUUUUAUUACAUGGGCUUCAGAAACACGUCCACUUCCAAACUACCAACAACAGGUAGUUCCACAAGUCGAUUAUGCAUCACAACAAAUGAAUGUUCCAAAUCUCGGCAUUCCAACAUUACCAACAGGAAAUAACUAUCAACAACAAUCUUCUUAUUUCAACUUUGAACUUCCACAAUUUGAAUCCGGUAUUUUGCCACAAGGUGUUCCACAAUACGAAGAAAUGCCAGCUUAUGAUCCAAGUCAGGUUCCGGAAGCGGAAACGGAACUUGAUGUCAGAAUCAGAAACGUUGAGUCAUUUGAUACUUCUGUAUUCGAAACACAGACACAGCUCGGCCUUCACGAAAACGAUUCCGAAACAAUUCAGGCCUAUACAUACAACGGAUUCCAAGAAAACUCUUUGAUGCCAGUUACAUACUGCAAAUCAUACACAUUCCAGCAGGUUGUCUCUGCUGCCACAGAAUCUCUCGGUUUGAAGUACGAAGAUUACUCUAUUUUGCUUUGUUUCUCUGAUGAUGAUAUGCGUUGGUUCGAUCACAACAAAUACCUUGAAGACUAUUCCGUCUUCUCUGGUAUGAAGUUCUGCAUCUUCCCAAGUGAAUUCCAGAUCAAGGUUGAAUCCACAGCUUUCAAUACGAAUCAAUACAUCAUUUCCAUCACAGAUACAGUCGAGGCAAUCGUUAAGAAGAUCGCUCAGGUCGAAAACAUCGAGAACCCAUCCGACUUUACUCUCUUCAAGGAAGAAACAAAGACAAAAGAUGGCAAGACCAAGAAAUCCUUGGUGCCACUUUCAUUAUUCCAAGAUCUUCCACACCAGUGCGCUGAAUUCAAGUCCCUUGUCUUCAAGCGCCGCUUCUUCAUCUUCUCAGCUGCAGAUCUUGUUUCUCAAUCCUCAAUUUUAAUUGCUUUCGAUGAUGCUUUCGACGAAAUCAGAUCCAACAAGAGAAUCUACAUCCAACCAGAUGUCGCUGUUGAGUUGACUGCUUACGCUUACGUUGUCGACCAUCCAGACGUCCAAUUAGACGACGCCAACCCACCAGAGACAAAGAAGCACAGACCAUACGCCUACAAGAGCGACAAGUCCUUCAACAAACAAGUCAACGACUUCCUCAAGAAGAACCACAUUCCAGAUGCCAACAACGCCGCUCGUUUAUUCAUUCGUCUUGCACGUACACAACCAGGCUUUGGUGUUAUCAGAUUCUCCUGCUUCUACGAAAUCGAAAAAGUCGAAAACGAAUGCCAAACAAUUAUUUCUCCACACGAUUUCUUGAUCUACCACGAACAGCAGAACAAGACAUACGUACGCAUUCCAUACCACUCGAUUGUCAACACAACUCUCGAAGAAGAUGUUGUCACAGUCAACUAUUCUCUCCAGAGAAACGUCGGAAACGUUUCCAUCCGUUCCAAACACGCUGAUGAAAUCCACGAUGUCAUCAACUCCUUCCACUCCAUCCAGCGCAACCUCCUUCUCGAGCGUGCAAGGCUUCGUCUCGAAGGUAAGUGGCGUGGCCCAGUUUCCGAGAUGGAUCGUCUCAAGCUCGAUACAUACAACGGCAUUUCCGAUAAGGAACCAGUUCCAAUCGAGUACGAUAAGUCCUUCACAGGCAAGAUGGUUCUCCAGCUCGCCAUGAAGGAGCUUCGUCUUCCAGUUGAGAAGAUCGAUGACUACGGCGUUCUCUGCACAAUUCACACACAGAGAAAGUGGCUGAACUCCGAUGUCACUGUUGGCCAACUUGGUAUUUUCGAAGGCUCCAAGUUAUACAUCCUUACAAACAAGGCCAAGAUCUCAAUCAAGUUCGGUGACACAGAUGAAAAGUUAUUCCUUGAUUUGACAGCACCUUGCAAGGAUGUUGUCACAGACAUCUUCAAACAAAUCAAGCAACCUUAUGUACACGGUUACGCUUUAUUCGUUCACAAGAACAAUGAAAUGGAACCACUCGAUUACAAGUAUCCAAUUCCAGAACAGACAUUACACUUCUCAACAUUGUAUCUUCGCCGUCGUUUCUUCAUGCUUUCUAAGGAUGACUUUGCUUCUGCACAGCUUUCCAAGAUCGGUUACAACGAUUCCCGCGAAUACUUCUUACACGCAAAGUGCGAGGCAACAGAUAAGGAACUCAUGGAGUUGACAGCACUUUCUCUUUUGAUCGAAGGCAAGGAUGAUGCUUGCGUUCAGGCCAAGGAUUUCGCUCUUGAAAAGUGGCUUCCAACAACAUUCAAGUGCAAGUCAGAUUUCAAGAAGAACUUCGUCAAGUACUUCCCAACAUAUCCACGUAAGGACAAGGAAAUCAACUACAUCAGAGCUUACCUCAAGAUCCUCAGAGAUGUCCCAUUCUUCGGUGCAGAAUGCCAGGACGUCAAGUACAGAAUUAUCGACACAAAGUUGAAGAAGAAAGGAAAGUUCCUUGAUGGUGAAUUCCGUUACUGCCCACUUCUUGUUUACCUCAUGGAUUCAAGCGGAAAGCAGGUAUACAAGAUCCCAUGGACACUCGUUAUCAGAACAAAGAUCAUGAAGGAAGUUAUCCACUUCACAUUCUGCGAUGCAACACACCAUACAAACAAGGACUCUGUCGUUACACUCGAAAUCAGAACAAACGAUAUGCAGAGAUUCCAGACAAUGGUCGAUGGUUCACUCAACAUCUACCAGCAGAUGCUCAAGGAGCGUCAGCGCGAACUCGCUAGGCAGCGUGCGGAAACUGCCCAGAAGCUCGCCGGUGGCUGGACAGAUCAGUACGGUGUCAUCCAUGGCCCAAUGAUUGAUCUCAUGAUUUCCCAGGAUCUCGCAGUUUACAAGAAGUCCAAGACUACAUUCUGGAUCGAUCUCUCUGCAAACGGAGAAGAACUUGUCGGCCAAAUGUCCAAGUACUUCCAGAUCGAGCAGAAGCCAACACAGGUCUACUCAGUCGUUAUCAUUUCACCUGAUGGCAGCUUCUCAUGGCUCGGCCCGAAGGAGACAUUACUCGAUGUCAACCCAACACGUAAGUCUCACCUCGUUAUCCUCAACACAACACCACUCAUGAAGAUCACAUCUGCAUCAAACAUUUCCAAGACAAUCAAGCUCGAUAUCACACAGCCACUUAAGGGCUUGCUCAAGCAGAUCGCCGCCAAGUACGGUAUCUCCAACUUCCUUGGUUACACACUCUUCACACCAAAUACAGAACGUCCUGAAGAGAAGUUACCACUCGAACUUAUCAAGUCUAUCCCAGAACAAACAUACAACUUCGAUGAUAUCGUCUUCAAGCGUCGUUUCUACAUGAUUUCUCGUGCAGACUUCCUCGAUAACCGUGCUCUUUGGCAGACAUACUCCGAUAUCGUCGAACUCGUUCUUUCUGGCUCAAUGGACCUCACAAACGAGCAAGUCGCAGAACUCGCUUACUACCAGCUUAUCGCUGAGAAGAACGAAAAGCUCGAGGCAAAGAACGUCCCAGAAGACCUCAACAAGUACGUUCCAAAGGGAAUGAAGCUUGCCAGAUCAAUGGGCAAGGAUAUCAAAGGAUUCUGCAAGACAAUGCCAAUCGAAGAUCCAAACGAUGCCCGUCGUAAGUACAUCGCUCUUGCUCGUUCAAUCGAAACAUUCGGUUCCGAAAUUUACCAAGUCCAGUACUACGACACAGUCAAGGGCAAAACAGUUCUCAAGGACUGCUUACUCUAUGUCACACCAUACAAGAUCUACACAUGCGAUCUCCAGAAGAAGGAGAAGUACAUGUGCUUCGAGUACUGCAACCUCCUCGACGUCAACCAGGUCGAAGACAUGCUCUCACUCGCACACUGCACAAACAAUGGAGAGCGUCUUUACGACCUCUUCAAGUCACCACAGGCUGCCCUCAUCAAGCAGAUCAUCACAUCAUACAUCCACAUCGGUAUGGAAAUUCUCAACAACGCGAUCGCCGAAGGUCUCGAUGUUGAAGAAGUCGCAACAUGCUACAGAAUCACAGUUCUCGCUAACUACGUCUUGGCCGAUAACAGAAACGUUCAGCAGUCAAUUGCUCUCGAUUCUCGUCUCAACGGCAAGCAGGUUUCCCAGAGAGUUACAAAGCUCAUGGGUCUCCAUCCACGUGGCGAGUACGCAUGCAUGUUGAACUUCACAAAGCAAGAUCACAAGUGGGUCCUCGAUUCAGAGCUCAUCGGUAACUUGCGUCCAUACGAGAACAUCCCCAUGUCUGUCUACAACAGAUACAUGAAGAUCAAGAUCUCCAUGGAUGGUGUCAACUACACAUACCCAGCUAUCGAUGUUACAAAGCCAAUCAAGGAUCUCAUCCCACGUCUUGCAGCCCACUUCGACAUCGAAAUGCCAAUCGGCUACACAAUCUUCAAGGCAGAUACAAACAAGCCAUUGGAUCUCAGAUACACAGUCCCAGAGCAGGAAUCAAUCUUCGAUUCCUUCAUCUUCCGCCGUUACUACUACAUGAACUCCAAGUACGAUAUGCAGAACGAUUUCGUCGUUAUCAAGAUGGCAGAAGACUUCAAGGCAGCUGCACUUUCCGGCCAAGGCAUUCUCAACGAGUCAGAGAUGCUCGAACUUGCUGUCUACGAUAUCUUCAUGCACGCUGAUAACCCAGAUCUCGUCAAGAAGAUGGAGUUCACAACACUCGAUGGCUUCUUACCAGUUGGUAUGAUUUCCAAGCCACAGUACAUCGCCAAGCUCAACAACUUGCUCGCCACAACACCAGCUAUGACAGCAGGUAACGCUGCUCGUACAUACAUCAUCCAGGUCCAGAAGUUGAACGGCUUCGACCGCCAGACAUACAAUGCCAAGCUUGCCGAUCCAAAGGGUGAUCUUCCAGUCCACCUUUCCAUUUCUUCCACACAGCUCAAGGUUAACUUCGACACUGCUUCCCGUGAGACAAUCUCUGUUUCAAUGAAGCACGUUCUCAAUGUCCAGGCCAUCCAGGACGAAUUGUACGUCAGAAUUGAAUCCGACGAAGGCGAAUCAACUGUUUUACAAUUCCACACACCAGAUGCCUGCCCAAUCGAGAACAAGAUCAUCCAGCUCAUCAAGGUCGUUAUCCCAGAACUCAAGAUUCGCGAAUCAAUCGCAAAGGUUUCAUACUACAACACCAAGGAAAUUCCAGUCGAACAGGGCGAAAUUCCACUCAUCUUCGCUGGAAGAUUCAACGAAAGAAGACCACGUGUCAUCAGAAUUAACCCGAACAGAACAGCCGCACAAGUUUGCGAUGUUCUCCAGAAGCACUUCUUUGUCAAGGAUCUCGGCUACAAGAUCGGUUACUUCUCUGCUGACUUCUCCUUCCGCUUCCUUGAAGACGACGUCGCUGUAAGAAACGUCAUUACUCGCCCAGAUAUCGUUCUCUACUACAUGAAGCCACAGACAGAGUCCUACAUCGAGUCUGCCCAGAACUUCAUCACAAAGCACAAGAUCCACGUCUCAGAUCCAAUCAACACAAUCUGCCAGACAAUCCUUUCACAGCUUGGCCUUGGUGUCGAAGAUGGCUACACAUUGUACACACCAGACUUCACACCACUCGAUUUGCAGUUCUCUCUUCCAUACCAGACAGACAUGAUCUGGGAUAUGUACCUCCGCAGAAGAUUCUACGUCUUCACACACCAGUUCUUCGAAAAUCCACUCAACAUCACUUCUCUCUACGAAGACUGCAAGCUCGCAAUCAUGUCCGGUGCUAUCCCAACAUCAGAAGAUCUCGCUGCUUACCUCGGUAUCUAUUCCGUCUACGCACAGAUCCCGAACGUUUCCGAUUUCAACCCAUACUUGGAGAAAUUCGGAGCUUCUUCGAUCUUACCAGUCCAGUUCCAGAACUCAGAAGUUGCCCAGAAGAAGGUCGACACAAUUUCCCACUCCAUUGUUCCAGUCAACAAUCCAGAUGCUCAGGCUAAGUACAUCGCAGAAGUUUGCCAACUCCGCGGUUUCGGUGCUGAGUACCACGACAUCGAGUUCAAGAACGCAUUCAAGGACUGGAGACCAGGUGUUCUUGCUCUUUCUCCAUUCGCAAUGACAAUCGAGUCUGGUGGAAAGGUCUUUGACUCAAUCGACUACGUCAAGAUCAUCCAGUACUACCCAGACGAGGAAGGAAACAUGGUCAUCAGAUACUACAACGACAACAACUUCAUUAACUUCGUCAUGAUCCGCUCUCCACGUGUCAACCAGGUCUUCACAUACAUCAACACAUUGUCUCACUUCAUGAACGAGUACGGACAUCUCCUUACAAUCGAUGAAAUCCGUGCAAUCCUUCUCAAGCUCCAGAACAACCCAGGCGCUGGUGUCGAAAACUACGGCUUUACAGAAGACUUCAAGCCAAGCAUGUUCAACUUGGAUGUUACAGAUCAAGGCCUCAACAUCGACAACCUUUCCAUCGACGAUCUCAAUCUCAACUUCCUCGAGAACAACGCAGAUUACUCAACAUACAACGUUGAUUCAAAUCAACCAGCUAAUGUUGAAUUCGAUCUUGUUGAUGCUCCAGCAACCAUCAUGAACUUGUACGUCGAUCCAUCACAGUUCUGGAUUGCUUCUCCACAGGGACACUCUGUUUCCCGCUCCAAGAAGGCUAUUGAGGCCAUCGAGAAGAACUUGAAGGGGCUCAUCGACGACUUCAACAAGUUGACACCAACAGAGUUCAACGCAAGGCUCAACGCUAUCGAUGAUAUGCUCGCUCUCAUCAACCCAGAUGACUUGAGUGAGGAAUUCAGAAACGAAUACCUCAAGCUCAAGGAAGCAAUCAAGCAGUUGAGAGAUCUCGGCAGAAUGAUCGAACAGUCCGAUCAGGAACUCUACAGAUACAAGGACCAGAUCCAGGACCUCAUCAACCAGGCUCUUGCAUCAAUGCCAACUCUCAAGUCACAGAUCGACAAGAAGAUUGUCGAACUCGCAAAGACAUCCAACAAGAACCUCACACCAGUCUCAAGAGCUCUCAUCGCACUCACAGAGCAACAGGACAACCUCACACUCGCUCUCAUCAACGAUCUCGAGAAGCUCAAGGGCUUAGGAUUCGAUACACGUGCUCUCAUCCGCAACUUGGAGAACUCUGCAGACGCUUUGACACGUCUUGCAGCUAACUUCACCGAUUCAACAGAUCCACGUGUUCUCGAUCAGCUUGUCAUUCCACAGCUCGAGCAGAUGGACGCCCUCAUCAAGUCAAUCGCUGACUUAGUCCUCACGGCCAACCUUUCUGAUAAGGACCUCGACGCCCUCAUCAGAGAUCUCACUGGCGGCACAACAUCCAUCAGCUCCUCCCUCGCUUCAUUCUCCAACGCUUCCAAGGCUGCACAGGGCGACCUCAACAAGACAUUGUUGAACAACAGAAAGGCCGCCAACGCUGCCAUGCUCACACUCAUCAAGGCAAAGAAGGAAAUCGAUGCCCAGAUGAAGAUGUUGCCAGCAGACAUGCAGAAGGAGGCUAAGGAACUCUCCGAUCUCCUCGCAAGAGCUGCAAUCGAACUCGCCCUCAAUCCAAACAGCAUCAACGCUCCAUUGCAGGCACUCGAUAUGCUCAAGCUCCUUCUCAACAAGAUCAGAACAAAGAAGCAGCCAAAUCUCAAGAAGCUCGACAAAUCAGUUGAUGGAGUCAUCUCCGACCUCGAAGCAGCUCUUCGCGCUGUUUCAUUCGUCAACAUCAUCCCAGCUAACGUUGACAAGGUCAUCGACGACGCAAUGAUCAUGAUCAGAAGAUUCGAGGCCAUCAAUGCCGAUGAAUGGCAGGCCCGUGAUAAGCAAUCAUUCGUCACAUCCGAGAAGGCUGUUGCCGAUCUCAAGGCCGACAUCGAUGCCAUCGAAACACACAUCGCUGCUCUCAGAAAGAACAUGGUCAAUGGUCAGGCACAGAGACUCCUCCAAGUCGAUCUCCUCAAGCUCGCCAACGAACUUCCGAAGUUCCAGACAGCUGUCGAUUUGAUCUACAAGAACACAAACGAUGGAUCAUUCCCAGUUAUCAUCGAACGUCUCAUCACAGAUCUCGAUGCUACAUUAUACGACAUUCCACCGCUUGAAGAUCUCGACAGAUGCCAGCACAUCGAGAAGUACCACAACGCCAUGACAGCUGUUGCCAACAUCAUCAACCAGACCAACAGAGUCAUGGGACUUGAGGCAAUGAAGAAGAACCCAAUGACACUUGCCAAGCUCGAUGCAAUUCUUGAGAAGGUUGCCGACUUAUACACAGCCCUCGUCAAGGACCGUGCAGAACUCCACGAGCACCCAUUCGACAAGGAGGCCAUCAACCAGGCACUUAGAGACCUCGAGAAGACAGCACAGACAAUGAACUUGAUGAAGUUGCCAGCUGCUGAAGUCACAGAGAUCACAAGAAACAACGAACUCUCUGACGCAAUCACAGAGGCAGUCAAGUCCGUCGCUGCUGCAGUUUCAUCACUCAAGGACGCUCCAAUCAAGUUGUACAGACUUCCUCCAACACGAGACCAGAUCAACAAGCUCAACCAGGCACUCGCAGACUACAUCCAGAUGAUGAGCAACCUGAAGAAGCAGGACGCCAUCGCAAACAACAAGCAGAAUGCCGAGAAAGUCCAGAAGGAAAUCGACUACAUCAAGCAGAAGAUGGCUGAGCAGAAGCAACUCAAGCCAUACGAUACACAGCAGUUCUAUCACCUCCUCGAGAAGAUGUACAACAGAAUCGAGAGAAUGCCACAGAAACUCAAUGGUUUACCGCACGUUUCUGGCCCAUCUCCAUCAGAUAUCUCCAGAACAACACUUCCACCACUCAGAAAUCUCCUCAAGGCUGUCGUUCCAACAGCUGAACAGGCCACAAAGGACAUCAUAGCUUGCAUUGAGCCAACAGAAGCCCUCAUCAAGGCCCUUGAAGCUCUCAAGAACGACAAGGACAUCAAGAAGGACAAGAAGGCACUCGAAGACCUCGAGAGCUGGAUCAAGGCACUCAAGGCCGGCGACAACAUGCUCAAGGCAGUUCCAAAGACAGGAAACACACUCCAGUCUCUCAAGGCACUCCUUGGUCAGCUCAUCUCCUUGAACAACGAUGUCCAGAGCGUUCCAUCCAACCUCAGAAAGACAAUCGACAAGGAUGUCAUGGCCAAGUUACUCGACGUCCUCGGUCUCGCAAACGCAAAGAUCUCGCAGGCAGUCAUUUGUGUCCGCAACAUCCCGACGAAGGGAUCCGUCAACGCGGACAUCAAUCUCUUCCAGCGUCUCGACCAGGAUGCAGAGCUCGACCAGUCCAUCCCAGAAAUGGUCCAGCAGUUCAACGAUCUUUCCGGACUCAUCAAGAGCAUUUCCUCAAUACCACAGCUCGGAAACAGACCACACACAAAGCACCUCAUUGACGAAAUGGCUGCUUUACUCAACCAGCUUUCCAUCGAUGUCAACGCUGCAAAGGUCGACGAGAAGAAGCUCCUUCCAGUUCUCACAAACUCCAAGGACAGAUUACAGACAGUUGCUGGAAACUCCGAACUUGUUUCCUCAAUUGUCGGUGUUCCAAAGCUUCCUGAUAUCACAAAGAACGUUUCAUCCAACGCUCAGACAAUCGCCAGACUUCUCGAGAAGCCACACUUCAACGCUGCCACACACAAGGAGUUCACAACACUCAUCCUUCCACAGCUUAUGAAGCUCAUCGAGGCUCUCAAGGGACCAGGCUACACACAGAACGCCAACUUACCAGCUCUUGCUCCUCUCAAGGACCUUCCACCAACAUCCCAGGCAUGGUACGACGACCUCAAGACAGCCAAGCCAGGCCAGGCUCAGAGAAUCUGCGACGACAUCCACUCCAAGCUCAACAACCUCAUCGGCCUCGUCAUGGAUUAUCCAGAGUUGAAUGACCUCGCCAACGCUAUCUUCAACAUCCUCGAUACAACAGGCAAGUACACAUCCGCCUCUCAGAGUGCUGGAUUCGCCACACAACUCUAUCCAAAGACAAGAGCUGUUGCACCAGAAGUCCUCAAGCAGGCUCUCGAUGCCGUUGCAGACUUCCUUUCUGGCAACACAACAAACGUUCCUCCGAACGUUCUCGCUGCUCUCGAAGAGAACAUCGGUGCCAUCGCUGAUAAGGCAGAGAUGAUGCAGCCAUUCGUCAAGAUGGCCGCUCAGGCAAUCGCUCCACUCCUCUCAAGUGGCGAUCCACUCAUCGCUGCUCGUGCUGCACUCCUCCUCGCUCUCACAUCAGACAACCCAGAAGUCAGAGCUGCUGCACUCGAAGAAUUAUCCGUCCGCGAUUUCGUCAGAACAGCAAACGCUCUCAACAACCUCGCAACAGAAGCAGAUAUGGUUACAGGCGCAUUCAACGAGGAAAUCGAGUACAGACUCGCCUACCUCAAGUACGCAAUUGCCAUUGCAGACACCAAGCUUCUCGUCAAGUGCGGCUCCAUCUCUGCAGCUAUCAUCCUUCUUGAUCCAAUGCACAACGUACAGCAGGCUUGCAGACUCCUUCUCCAGUCCGCAGAACGCGCUGGACUCAAGGACUUCGACAACCUCGGAGGUGCAAACAAGGAGUACGAACAGUGGUUGUACGAGUCAGAUCUCGCCCUCUCCAACAUGUUCAACGGCCAGAUCGAUUCCCUCCUCGUCAACCUCGAAACAGCUCUCAGCGACGACCAGAAGAACUUGCUUCCAAAGACAGUCAACAAGUUCAUCCGCGAGAUGGUUCCACCGCUCAAGCGCAAGGACCGUCUCCUCACAAUCAAGUGGAGCGACAUGGCCGACGAGUCCAACAAGUACCUCGCCUUCACAAAGAACAUCCUUCCAGCCAUCAAGUCAUCUGGUGUUGUCUCCAACGGUCGUGAAAUGGCCAUCGCCAUCUCCGAUACAAUCAACAAGAUCACACCAGCCAUCAGAAUGUGGUCCGCCAUGGCCAACAAGAUCGAUGAGCCUAAGUUCCGCAACCAGACAGAGGCAGACAUUGGCAACUACCUCUACAACGCACCACAGCUCAUCCAGGAAGCCACAGUACCACAGCAGUUAGCUCUCACAGAAGGCCGCCUCGAGACAUGCCUCCACGACGCAAUCUGGGCACACGAACUCGCCAAGUUUGAGCCAAAGACAAAGGACAAAGUCGAGAACAUCGAGCGCCUCAUCUCAUCUCUCAAGCAGAACAUGUCCAACUCUCCAAUGGUCACGAAGCAGAUGUUGAACAUGCUCGUGGACAAGCUCAAGGAGAUGCUCAACCAGAUCAUCAAGUCCUACCCAAUCGACUUCUCCAAGCAGGUUGUCGACGAUUCAUCCCGCACAAUCGACUUCGAUCUCAUCACAGACAAGGACUGCCUUGCUGCUGCCAAGAUCAUCAAGACAGAGCUCGACAAGUCCAAGAAGGUCGCAGACUCCACAAAGCACAUCAAGCAGGAGAAGAGGAAGGACGGCGUAAAGAACAUCCCGAAGUCCGUCAUCGAUAUCCAGUCCAACCCAACUGGAGCUCCAGGCAUCGCUGCUCUUGAGAACCUCAACUCUGAGACAACACAGCAGUUCGAGUUGCAGGCACGUCUUGCAGAACUCAUGCAGCUCCUUCUCCAGCUCUACCCAGAUCUCAUCAAGUUCCUCGACAACCCACAACAGGUUGCCGCUGCUCUCAUGCAGAUGGAUGAAGGUGACAUCCAGCGCACUGCCGGCGAAAUCAACAACAUGCUCGGCCUCAUCGCAGACCCAGAGAAGUUCGACAAGUACGCCAAGAACUUGUCUCAGGAGCAGGUCUUCAACGAGCUCUUGCUCCUCAGACACAUGACAGACUCCCUCAUGAACCAGCCAGUCAAGAACUCUUACAACACAAGAGAGAUUGUCAACUGGAUCAUGAAGAACCCAUCAUCAGAGGCAGACCCAGCCAGAGCGUUCCAGAAGAUGUCCGCUGUCGAGCAGCUCCUCCAGACACUCAUGGCACUCAAGUUCUCUGCUGGCACAAACAAUCCAAAGGCGGCCAAGUUCGCUCGUACCGAAGAAGGCAUGAACGUUCUCCGCCAGAACAUCCCACAGCACGACUUGAUCCAGAUCCAGCAGGGCAUCGCCCAACAGAUGGGAUUCGCUUCUCUUCCAGAAUCUCUCAAGAUCAUCCAGUCCUCAAUGUCUCCAGAAGAAGUUCUCCUCCAGGCACGUGUCAUCAACUUAGCCAUCGACAUCCUCACAAAGAAUGCCGACAAGCUCAACCCAGAAAACAUGACACAGAACGAGGUCCUCAAGGAACUCUUCCAGCAGCAGCUCGCUCAGUCAAAGGAGAACCCGAACACAUUCGGAAACAACUACGUCGACCAGGAGCUCACAGAAGCCGCCCUCACAUACAUCGACGAUACACAGGCCAAGCUUGCAGUCUUCCGCGCUAUUUCACAGCUCGCAGGACCAAUGGCCACAGUCCCACCAAAGCCAAUCGAGAGCAACAUGAAGAAGGCCCUCGACGCCGCUACAAACCAGGUCAACAACCCAUCCAACGAGACACCGAAGUUGUCCAACCAGGAGAAGGACGCAGCACAGUACGCAUUGUCUGUUGUUUCAUCUCCAGAGUUCCUCAAGUUCGUCCCACCGCGCAAGGAGACAGUUGCUUCAUCAGACACAACAAUGAUCUCAUCAAUGACGAACGCACUCACUCCAGCCUCUGGCACAGAACUCUACCUCGCUCCAGCAUCCAGUGGCAUCAACAACUCCUUCACAAAGAACGACAUGGUCCACAACGCUCUCGUCGCUGCCACACUCUUCAACAACAUCAAGAAGGCAAUCAACGCGGCCAAGCCAAAUGUCAAGCCACAGAUGAAGGCAGAGAACAGAGCUCAGGCACUCGAAGAGCUCGAGAACUUCAAGCAGACACCACUCAAGGACUACUCAUCCAAGGUCCAGCAGCUCAAGCCAGACGAGGCAGCAGCAUUGCUCGCUCUCGUUGAAGGCUCAUUGGCAUCUCUCAACGACGCUGUCACCAAACUCAACGGCGCCGGCUACAGAGACUCCAUCUUCGACCGCGCCUGCCUUCUCGCCAUGCAGCAGAAGGGAACACCAGACCCACUCACAGCCCAGAAGAUCCAGGAGCUCCAGGCAAUCGCUGCCAAGAGAAGAAAGGAAGUCGAUCUCGCAUCAAAGAUCGGCAAACUCCUCAUCAACCGCAGCAACGUUGCAGACUGCACACCUGCUUCAACAAUGUCAAACAAUGCGAAGAAGCAAUCGGUUGACGAAGUUAUCAAGCAGAUGGAGAUGACACUUUCCGCAUUGUCAUCUCAACUCGAGCGCUUCAACGACGACGAGCUCUCCAACCAGCAGGCAGUCCUCAUCUCUGCCGGUCUCCUCCAGCACGAAGUCUCCGUCGACAACAUCGCAGACCUCGCCAAGCUCGCUGUUGAACAGCCACUCCAGAGAGGAUCCACAUCCAGAGUCAUCAACUCCAUCAAGUACGAAGAACAGCAGCAGAACUUGCUCGAGAAGCUCAUCAACAUCGCAAAGAAGAUCAACGACAUCAUCAAGGAUGCCAAGGCUGGCUCAUACUCCAUCCAGGAGUACGCCCAGGCUCAGGAUACAAUCGCCACAAUGCUCGGUAUCUCCGACGAACAGCUCGGUGACUACAUCAACAGAUGUCCAAAGGAGCAGCUCGUCAUCAUCGCCGGACAGAUCGCAGAAAUCAUCGGAAUGCUCAACAAGGUCGAGAAGAAGGCCAUCACAGACUUCCCAGUCGCAAUUCCAGACUACGAUCUCACAAUCCGUGCUCAGAACGAGACACCAUCCACACAUCAACUCGCCACAGCCGAGGCCAACCUCUUCGCAGCCAUCUUGAGAUUGCUCCCAUCCAUGUCCAUGGUCCCAGUUUCGGAGUGCAAGUCCAUCCUUGCCACAGAGACACAGUCCGCAGGUGUCAUCUUGACAAGGCUCCUCAACCACAAGGGUUCAUCAUACCCAGUCGAUGCUUCGACACUCCUCCAGGUCAUGCCACAGCUCUGCGCCGCCGCAAUCCGCGUUGUCUCAACACUUCCAGAGUCAGCCCGCAAACUCAUCGGCUGCACACCAACAGACCUCGCCAUCAUGUCAGCACGUGUCUCAACAACAGCUGCAUCACUCUCCGAUCCAAAGGCAUCUCAGGAGUGCUACACAGCCAUCGAGAAGUUGUUGACAGCCAUCAGAGCACUCAACGCCAUCUGCGCUGAGAGAGGCAUCGAACUCAAGUCAGUCGAUGCACUCGCCAACGUCAAGCGCUCCAUCGAUACAAAGGACAUCGAUGAGAUCACAAUGUCCCUCAUCGACACAAGAGCCCUCAACGCCGCCGCUGCUUCCUCCAACACCAAGGACGCCCCACUUGAUGCUGUCAAGCAGCAGCUCGCAGACGUCGAAGGACCAUCAUUCGAGCUCCAGGCAAAGCAGAGCCCAGUUUCCGCAGAGCUCGGCAAGAAGCUCGAAUCGAUCAAGCCGAAACUCAUCGAAGUCAUCACACGGUACUCCGAAGACCCACUCAAGGAGAUCGCCUCAAUCCAGAACAUCAGAACAGCCCGCGACUCUCUCUUGGACAAGCGCGCUAGAUUCCAGACAGGCGUCAACGGAUUCGUCCGCUCUGUCACACGCAAGGACCGCAAGCUCGUCAAGAACGCCAUCACAGACAUCCUCACAACAGUUUCUACUGGCGAGUCCAUGGCCGCAAGAUCUCUCUUGGUCACAAACGCCAACAACCCAGGCAACUACUCAGACUUAGUCGGAAAGUUCGCCAUGUCCGUCUCAUCGUUGAAGUCGAUCGACGAACUCGGUGGCGACUCAUCCACUAACCCAACAGCAGUCCGCAGAACAACACGUUCCCUCAACAGAAUGAUCGAUUCCCUCAUCGAUAUGCUCGAAGACGCAGAGACACCACAAUGGACAGAGAAGCCUAAGUCCGCCAUCGACUUGGCCAAGCUCGAAGUCCUCAAGGCACUCACAAGCACAAUCCAGGUUCUCAUGGGUGCUGUUGCAGCCCACAACAGUGCCAAGAUCCCAGAAACAUUCGCUGUUUCCCUCCAGAAGUGCAUGCCACAGCUCACACAGUCUCUCAACGACCUCGCAAAGAGAGCUGACGAGAUCGAGAAGCCGAACACAGACAAGAACGCUUACAUCGCAUUCAAAGGCGAUGUCGGCACAUUCACACACUCAAUCAACGACUUGACAAACAACUUGAACAACAUCUCCAUGUCUGGAUUGUUGUCCAAGUUGUUGGAAGUCGCUUCAUCAUCCAGAAACACAUUGACAUCUCUCAACAGAUUGACAGAUGUCGAAAUCGAAGAACCAGAUCUCGAAGCUGCCGAAAUGUUACCACAGCACUUCACAAUGCCUCCAGUUCCAUCCGACAUCAACGCCACACUUGCAGAGCAGGCCCAGCAGCUCACCAAGCUCGCCAACGCCGCAAUCGACCAGGAGAAGGCCUUCUUCACAGCUGCAGCAGCCAAGGACAACAAGAAGACAGCUACUGCAAUGGUCAACUACGCGAAGGCAAUGAAGGCUGCCGUCGAACAGAUUCUCCGCGCAUCUGCAACGACGACAACACUUUCCAACCAGAACAUGCUCACAACUGGCGCUUCCAACAUCGUCAACUCAUUCGAGUCACUCCUCACAGCCCUCAGGAACAGAUUCCUCCUCAGAGGCGACUGGGCCAACACUUCCGCAGAGGCCAAGCAGUCCCUCGAGAACGAGUUGUCCACAGCCAUCAAGGUAGUCAACGAGGCCGUCGAAAUCGCUCGUCGCGAAGAAGCAAUGAACGAUGCCGUCACAAAGCGCCUCCGUGCUGCCCUCAAGCCACUCCAGACAGCCGCUUCCAAGGUCGACUCCCAGCUCCAGGCCGCACAGGAGCGUCCAUCAUCAAUGUCCAGAGAAUGGGCCCUCCAGGUUCUUUCUCUCGGCUCAGCCCUCUCCAAGGCUACAAUCAAGAUUAUGCUCCACUCCAAGGAACACCCAUCAGCCAAUUCCAACAAGCACGCAGAUCUCGGCGAGAACGUCAUACGGCAGCUCGCUAAGAUCUCUGCUGACGUUGAGAAGAUCCUCGCCGGCGCAGACGAACCAGAAGGAAUCGUCAUCGGAAUCAUGGAUGCACUCGCAGGUGUUUGCCAGAACGUACAGAAGGGCUCCGGCAUUGAAGACCAGGCUCUUCUUGAAGCAUUCAACAUCGUCUUGAAGACAUCCAGGAACGUCAAGGCUACCGCCGAAGGUAUCCAGGAACAGAAGAAGGCUGCGAAGGCAAGAGCAGCUGCUGGUGGCGGUGUUACAUCUUCCGCAAAGAAACAAUCAAAGCCACAGCUUCUCAAGCGUUUGGACCUCGAAUCUCGCGUUAUCAGAGCCCGUACCAUUCUCGAGAGAUACGAGGCGCAGCUUAAUGAGCUUCAGUAA